AACACGUGAACAUUAUAAUAAAAACAAUAACAUUAUAUUAUAAGCGCCUGUAGUUGCGGCCAAACGCCUAUUAACAUAUAACAAUAUUUUGUUCAAAUUUACCGUAAGAGUUUUUUUUUUAUCUCUAUUGAAUCGAUUGGGGAUUAUCAGUAAAGUACAAAUAAAUGCUUAAUGCAUACGUGUUACACUUAACUAGCGACAAGAACAUUUAGUUAUGAAUAACGAAGAAAAAUUAAAAUUUAUUAAACAACACAUCGGCGCAUAUCCCGACUUUCCUAAGAAAGGCAUUUUAUUUCGAGACAUUUUUGGUGCUUUAACGAAUGAACAGUGUUGUCAAUACCUUAAAGCUUUACUUUUACACAAUAUACGCGAGAAGUAUCCAAAUGUUGAGUUGAUAGUUGGAUUAGAAUCACGUGGCUUCCUCUUUAAUUUAAUGCUGGCCUCAGAGCUGGGUAUAGGUUGUGCUGCUAUACGGAAAAAAGGCAAAUUACCGGGUGAAUGUCUUUCAAUGGAAUAUUCCCUCGAAUAUGGCGUGGAUAUUUUUGAAAUGCAAAAAUCUGCCGUUAAGCCAGGCCAAAAGGUGUUAAUUAUCGAUGACUUAUUAGCUACGGGUGGAUCUUUAGAAGCCGCUUACAAAUUAGUCCGCAAAGCUGGUGGAGAUGUAGUGGGUUGUCUAGUCAUCAUGGAAAUGAAAUUUUUAGAGGGUAGAAAAAAAUUACCGCAAACCAAAGUACAUUCCCUAAUUGAAUAUUAAUCAAUCAAUUAUAAAAAGUAAACGCACAUUUUACUAUAAAUUUAAGAGAAAGCGAUAUAAUUGCA